AUGACUAAGUCGAACUCCCUCAAAGUCCUGCUCCUUCCCUUCCCUUCCUUCGACACACUAGACCUCUACGCCCCUAUCGAAGUCCUCGGCAAAGGAGCCGCAACGGGCGGCCUUGAUAUCACCUUUGAGAUAGCUGCAAUCGAACACUGCACGCUAUCAGCGGAGAAAGUCCCCGUCUACUCAACUCAAACCAUUAGCGAUGCUCUGAAAAAAAUCCACGAAUACGAGAUUGUCAUUCAGCCCGGGGGUGGGAUCCAAGAUAUCGAGAAGUAUUUGGGGGACUUGCGGACGAAUGGCCCGCACCUUGAGUUGUUGAAGUGUUUUUCCGAGUUGAAGACUCCGUCGCCGCGGGGUUGCAAUCGUUUCCUGAUGUCGAUUUGUACCGGGGCGUUGAUUAUAGGAUUCUCGGGCGCAUUUAGUCAUCUCACUGUUACAACGCAUUAUGAGGGGCUGGAUAAACUAAUCCGUUAUUGCGAAUUGAGAGGAGAGGGCACAACAGUCGUGCCUGAUAUCAGGCAGAAGUCGGAUAAUCAGGGGUGCUCUGUUAACAAGAAGGUGUCGGAUAUCGAGCAGUCGGCAUGGGAUGGGUAUAAGGCUGCGCAGAAACAGAAUAAACGCUGGGUUGACGCGGGAUGCAAUAAAUCUGGCGUUAGAGUGAUUAGUUCGGGGGGGGGAUUAGUUGUGGGAUUGAUGCGUCAUUGUUUCUCAUUAGUGAAUUAG